UAAAGCUGGAUAGGGAAAAGGUUGAAUUUUUUUUCUCAGAUCUAUUUGUGUGUGGAAAUUUGUGUGGUCCAAGUUGAGAUUUUUUCUGGUUUAUUGAAAGAAAUUUUGAGUUUUGGGUGAACCCUUUUUGCGGAAGCGCGUCUUGGUUCUUUCUCAGCACUGAAAUCAAUGUCUUCAGAAAUGUGCCGCCGGAGCUGUGGCGGCGGAAGUGGCGGCGGCGGGGGUAAUAGUUUUGACCCGAGCAACUUGCAUUUGAAGAGGGAAUUGACCCAAAUCAAGAAAGCUGCCAAGGCGCUUAGAGAUCCCGGAACCACCUCUUCCUGGCAGUCGCCGCUGGGCUCCUCUAGAUCCACGGCGGUGGCUGGUGAUAUACUGAACUAUACUUCCAAACACCAUUACUCCCACCACCACAGUAACUCUGGUGAUGCUUUCAAUGGAGCUCCAGAAGUUGCCUCUGCUAGUGAAAUCACUCCACAUCCGGCUUUUCGGGUUGAAAGAAAUGGAAAUCCAGAUAUUAGUGGGAAGGAGAAGGAUAAGAAGGUCUUUUUGUAUAAUUGGCGGUUGCAGAAAUCGGAGAGCGAGAGGAGUAAAAGGAAGGGAUUAGAAAAUGGAAGCCGGAAUGGAAACUGCUCGCCUACUACACCUGAAGAGAGCAUUGAUGAUAGCCUGAGUGAUGUGAGGCAUGGUGGCAAUGAUUCCAAGAGUGACACUUAUUUGGGUGAUCAUAGGUAUGGUUCAAUGAUCUUGAAGUGUAAAGACACCAACUUUAUGCCAUCCAUCAGAAGAAAUAUCAAGAAAAAAUCAAAGAAAAGUAACUUCUCCAGCUCCAUAUUGCAGAAAAAGCAAAUUUUUUCUGGUAGAAUCCCUAGAAGAUUUUCAGAGGGUGUGCCCGGCGAUUCUGAAGAUACAGAGGAUUAUUCUAAUUCCAAUGUAGAGGAGCUUAGGAGGUUUUCUGUAGCCUCGCCGUUGCUUGCUAGGUUGAGGAGUAGGAAGAACUGGGCUUAUAAGUUGAGAAACAGUAGUAGAAGAGAGGAUUCUUCUUAUUCCUAUAGUACCCCUGCUUUGUCAACCAGCUCUUACAAUAGAUAUGGUGUUAGGAAUCCACCAAGCACAGUAGGGUCAUGGGGUGGCACAACCCAAUCCAUAAACGACGGUGAUGAUGAGGUGGAUGGUCAGUUAGGGAUGACGAUGGGCAGGCAUGGGUGUGGGAUGUCUUGCUGGUCCAUAUCAUCCAGAAGGUCUACCCCAAAAUUAUAUUCGCCCUCUAUUUCAGACACGUUGAGGAGGAAGAAAGGGAGCACCUUUCUAUGUGGAAGCAGCCAUCAAAGAAGACGACGCGACAAGAGGAGACCUGGGUCGUGGGUCCCGUUGCUAACAAACGGAGGGUCAUCUAUGGGAACUGCAAGUGAUGAUGAUGAUGAUGAGGUGUCCACAAACUUUGGAGAACUUGAUUUGGAGGCAUUGAGCAGGUUGGAUGGGAGGAGCUGCAGAGAGCUAGUGGCAUUUGCUGGGGAAGAGGAUGAGGAAGAAGAUUCCCCUGAGAGUAUCAGAGGCCUUUGCCAGAAGUAUAGGCCAACAUUUUUUGACGAGUUGAUUGGUCAAAAUAUAGUCAUCCAAUCCCUAAUGAAUUCAGUUUCUAGAGGAAGAAUUGCUCCUGUUUACAUUUUUCAAGGCCCGCGUGGGACCGGAAAAACUUCAACUGCUAGGAUAUUUGCAGCAGCUCUAAAUUGCCUCUCGACACAAGAAGCCAAGCCCUGUGGGGGCUGCAGGGAGUGUGCAGAGGUCAUAUCCGGGGGCAAGUGUAAGAACCUUAGAGAAGUUGAUGGAACAAACAAGAAGGGGAUUGACAAACUCAAGUAUCUCUUGAAGACUCUCUCUUUAAAGAGUGUAGCUCGCCAAUCCACUUCAACUUCUUCUUCAGGGUGUAAGGUCUUUGUCAUUGACGAAUGCCACUUACUGCCCUCAAAGACUUGGUUGGCAUUUCUGAAGUUUCUUGAAGAACCGCUACCACAUGUCGUUUUUGUGUUCAUCACUACGGAUCUUGAGAAUGUGCCGCGUGCCAUAGUGUCCCGUUGCCAGAAGUACCUCUUCAAUAAGAUUAGGGACAGUGAUAUAGUGACCAGAUUGAAGAAACUUGUAACUGGUGAGAAUUUGGAAGUGGAACCCGAAGCACUUGAGUUGAUAGCUUUGAAUGCAGAUGGGUCACUUCGUGAUGCAGAAACUAUGUUAGACCAACUCAGUUUGCUGGGGAAACGCAUCACUACAUCCUUGGUGAAUGAUCUGGUUGGGGUAGUUUCGGACGAAAAACUACUAGAACUUUUGGAGUUGGCCAUUUCAUCUGACACGGCAGAAACAGUGAAACGGGCCCGAGAGUUAUUGGAUUCAGGCGUGGAUCCAAUAGUUUUGAUGUCACAAUUGGCUGCCCUCAUCAUGGAUAUCAUUGCGGGAACUCUACCUAGUAUUGAUGCAAAACCAACUGAUGUAUCAUCCUUUGUUGGAAAGAGUUUAUCUGAGAUGGAAGUUGAUAGGCUGAGGUAUGCAUUGAAGCUACUUUCAGAUGCAGAGAAACAAUUACGUGUCUCAAGCGAACGCUCGACAUGGUUCACAGCAACCCUACUACAGUUAGGUUCUGCUCCUUCUCCAGAUCAUCAAACUCAUUCUGGGAGUAGCCGGAGGCAAAGCUCCAAGGCUCCAAUGGAGGAAGAAGAUUCUUCCCAGAAACAGAAGGGACGUUCAAAGGCCAGUAAUAGAAUCUUGGUAGGUGAUGAGGUUGGACACUCAAAGGCUGCCGCUGCUCAAAACAAAUUGACGGUGUCUAGAAGAUGUCUGGAUACAAAUGUGUUGGAUGAUGUUUGGAGGAGAUGCAUCGAGAAGUGCCAUUCCAACACUUUGAAGCAGAUUCUGCAUACCCAUGGAACUCUCGUUUCUAUGUCUGAAAUCGAAGGAGUUUUUGUUGCCCACGUUGCGUUUCGGGACAAGGAAAUAAAAACAAGAGUGGAGAGGUUUCUGAGCAGCAUCACAAACUCAUUUGAGAAUGUUUUGCGAAGAAACGUGGACGUUAGACUCAUUCUGUUACCAGUGGGAGGAGAGGAGGGGACAGAAACACCUGCUUUGGAUUCAAGUACAAAGCAGACAGAUGAUAAUGCCACAAUUGGGUCUAAAGAGGGAAUGCCGGAGAUUCCAGUGCAGAGAAUAGAGUCCAUUAUCCAUGAACAGAUGCUAGAAACAGCAUGGUUGCAGGCAAUGGAAAAAGGCACUCCCGGUUCAUCAUUGAACCGGCUUAAUAAACCGGAGAGGAAUCAGGUUCUGCCCCAACAAGAUAAUGAAAUGCAUCAACCCAUGACAACGGCUUCCUUUCACAUGGAUGAGCAACUGCAUGAAGAACUCAAGAAUUUGAGGGUCGGCGGUGAAAAGAAGGUCAAGAAUCUGAAAGAACCGAGCAAUAAGAAGGUCGACCAUUGUCCCAUUUCACCAAGUUUCUUGCAUGAUACCGCGGGCUAUGCAAGCAAUAGCAUUGGCAAAGACAGCAUGGGAUAUGAAUCGGGAUCGGGAGCAUAUGGUUGCAGUGCGCUUUUAUGUUGGAAUAACACAAACACUCAAAGAGGGAGGAAGGUGAAACAUGGGACCCCGGUUCGCCCGAGCAGAGGGGGGCGUCUUUCAUGUUUUGGAGAGUGCGCAAAAGGGCGAACACAGAACAAAAGAUGAGAUGAAGGACAGAAUAUAACACUAGAGUUUUUCUGAAUCAAGAUUUUAUUCUUGUUUUUAUGGUUAUCUUUUUCUUUUUUUGUAUAUUUGUUAUUAUAACAUCCACAAUUCCACAACUAUUCCUAUUCUUUGAGCUUUGGAAUAUAUUGAAUUGAACAAG